UAGUCUAGAGUCCACCUUCAUUUCUUCGGACUUGCUUGAACUUUGUCAAACUUGGAAGUUACUUGAACGCGCUCUCUUUAUUCUCUGGCCUUUUCUGGGCUGAAACGCGAGUCGACUUUUCACACGCUGAUACGUUGCAGGUUUUUACUUUUUCUUUUUCAAACAAUGAAUUGCGAGCAAACUUUCUUUGGUGUACAGUUAAAAGUUUUCUUAAUGAUAAGCUUUUCUCUCACUCAUGGAUAUCCGGCAAGCCUGUUUGCGGGUAACGCGUAUUCAGGAACAGUUCACAGGCACAGAAAUAAAAACUGGUGCGCAUUUAUUGUCCAAAAGAACGUAAGUUGCGCAGUUCAAGGCAGUGUGGAAAGUUACGUUGAACCUGAAGCUGCGCGCUGUCCGGAGCAUCAGCCCGACUGUGAGCAACAAGUGAUAUACAGGACUCGGUUUCGACCCACUUAUAAGAUAGCAUACAAGAUUGUGACUGAGCUAGAAUGGAGGUGCUGCCCAGGAUACCAGGGUCCAGACUGCAGAGAACUUAAAAGCUCUCCAAACAGACAGACAGUAUAUCCACAGUCACACCCACAGCCCCAUUCUGGACAAACUCGAACUACACAAAGGCCAGAGCGGCGAGAAACAGGACAAUAUGAUGUCAGACGUGGAGCUGACAAAACACGUUUGUUAGAGGAAGAAGUACAGCGUCUCUCUCAGACAGUGCUGGAUCUUCAAGCAGCCAUGACAGGUAUGGCAGAGAACCUGCGCACAGACUUACAGGAGGACACGAGCAAGAUGCUUAUUACUCUGCUUAAUGAGAGGAAUGCUGCACCAGACAGUGCACGAACAGGAGGCAUGGAGGAGAGUGUCAUGCAUCUGGAUGGCCACCAGGCCACGAGAGGCCACACCCAUGGGGAAAGGGAACUUGAGACGGUGCUGGCCAGACUAAAUGAUAUGACCGAUGCUCUUAAAAGCAAGGGCGAAGCACUUGAGGAACUGCGGGGAACAGUGACUGGCCAUGAUGGGCAGAUCCGAAUGCUUAUGGAUGCCUCUCAAGGCCUAGCAGUCACAGGUGCUGACUCCCCUGACAUAGACAUCCUUCAGACCUAUAUUGAUGGAAAAUUUGAGAUGCUCAAAAAGGAGCUUGUUGGAAACAUGGAGGACCAGAUGGCCAUGUUGAAAAGUGCAUGUGAUGAUAAGCUACAGUCUCUUCAAAAGACAUGUGAAGAAGGACGAGAGAGCGGCAAUGUUAGUCUUACCGAUCUGGUGCACAACAAGGAAUCUGAGCUUAGAAAGGAGAUCCAUGCACUGCGACUGGAUUUGUCCAUGUUAGAUGGUGUAGCUCACACAAACCGCCAAACAACCGAUGUAAAAGACGAUAGUGACUACAAUGACUUGAGGCGGAAACUUGAUCGAGUGGCAGAUGCUCAUCGUGUCCUCAAUGCCAGAUUAGACAAUGAGCUAGAACAUCUGUCCACGUUGAAAAUGGAAGACAUGCUUGGUUCACGUAUAGAGGACCUAGAAGACAGGAUGAAUGUCACUGAGCGAAACGCAGAGACUUACUGCUUCUACGUGGAUGAGAAACUUACCAAGCAAAUUACGGAUGAAGCAGCUAUUCUGCGUCAACUCCUGGAUGAGAAGCUGAAUGCUAUGCAGGAUCAGUUCACUGCAAUGCUGACUGAGAUGAGCAACAACUCCUUCCCAGGGAUGUUUAGUGAUUCUGUUGAUGCACUGCAAACUCAGGUUAACUCGAAUAAGUACAUUAUACAGGGUUUGGAGGACAAGUUUAACACCAUUGGGCAGAUAUGCUCAGCCGAUUGCAAAACCAACCUACACACUGAUUCCCAAAAACCAGAAGGUCUGGACAGUCUCGUAAAGGAUGUGAGACUCUGCAGAAAUGACUUGGACGAUUUACGUUCUGAUUUUGUGAACAAUGUAGCAAAAUUUCAUGCAUUGGAGGAUAGAAUUGAUAGGAUGUCACCUGAGAAACAGCUCAGAGGACAUACGCAGGACACCCACCGAAGGAUUAAUAUGUUGACUGACAACGUUAAUGGCUUGACUGGAGCUAUAAAAGGAUUGGGAGAUUCGAUGAGCAAAUUUAGCCAAGACCUUCACAAUUUAAACUCGACAUGUUGCCAGGCAGGACAGGUAAACGUUCCUAGUCUUUGGGCUGAAAGCAGCCCAAGUCGCGAUCAGAUUGAGGAGCUACAAGAGAAGCUGGACACACUGAAUGCACGAGUAAACACAGAGUUGAGCGUGUGUAAGUUCAACACUGCUGGAGUAGCUGAGGGUGUGUCUGCAGUGGAUAACAGGGUGACUGCUCUAGAGAAGGUUUGUGGACUGCUUGAUGGUGGGACGAAUAUACAGGGCCUUUCGAGGAAUUUGGAGCAGCAAAUGGCACAGAUGAACACCACUCUAGUUAGUUAUUCAGGAGACAUCACUGCUCUUCAGAACUCCCUUCUGACUUUUCAGAGCCAGCUUGCAGAAAUCGCUAAGCAGAUUCUCAAGGACCAUGUAAAUAAAGAACAAGGACUGCCUGUGAGGCAAGAGAGACCAGUGCCUGCCCCUGACAUUAAAACUCCAGCUCAACCCAAAAGACACUAUAUUCCCCAUAUCCACAUACCUUUGAUAAUACCCCAUAGUACAGUGCCAGUCACUGGCCUCCCCCAUGUGCGCCAGCCCUCCAUCCCCCGCUACAUUCCACAGCCACCCACCAGCCCCAGGCAACCCAUCCAGCCCAUGCAACCCAACCAACCCGACGUACACAAACCAGUGGUGGUUACAGGGCAAGCCGGUCCACCUGGGUAUGUGCGCAGGGUGACAGUCAGACGGGAUCAGAGCUCGAAGGACUCAGAAUCACUUGUAAAGGGAUUUGCUGGUGCACCAGGCUAUCCUCCUGUUAAUCCUUUUUCCAAAAAUACAAAACAAACAAAACCAGUUGCACGUGUCCCAUGGAAUCUGGCAUACCAAAGACCCAUCGCAACUCCAGUGUCAGAGCAGAACUUCUUGACGGACCCUUUUUCUUUCUCUGCUGGACUUACAAGGCAGACUUUCUCAGGGGACUUUGGUAUCAUUCGCUUUGAUAGGGUGCUAGUCAAUGAUGGAGGACACUACAACCCUCAGACAGGGACCUUCUCAGUGCCUGCUGAUGGCCGUUAUUUGGUCACUGCUGUUCUAACAGCUCCGCGGGGUGAGCAUGCAGAAGCUGUGCUCUCUGUGUCCAAUCGCAGUGUGCAGAAGUUGGACACAGCAGGUUACUGGAGUGGCCGCCCAUGGCUGACCCAAGAUCAGUGCGCAUGCGGGGGGUCUGCAUCCUUCAACCUUAUCCUCCCACUCCGGCGAGGGGACACCGUGGCCUUGGUUCGCACCGCUGGGAAGCUAGCGAUUUCUGAAUCCAGAGAGAUCCUCUCCACCUUCAGCGCAAUAUUCCUCUACUCCCCUCAAACCAAGAGAUAACACAAAACAUCUCCACUGCAGAGAGUUCCUUAUGUGAAUGCAAGUCGAAGUCUAGUCUUACACUUGUGACUAUGCAAUAGAGUUUUGCUUUGGUUAUUUAUCAAAACUACAGGACUAAGACAAUUUUUUUCAAUUUGACAUUCUGUAUUUUAAUAGAGGAAUGUGUUUGUCCUAAACAUCAAAGUGCUGAGAUAGCAAGGCGCCAUAAGUUUGUGCCAAAGCAAGGUAGCAUACCAAUAGAUUUUAGUAGUAAUAAUCUAUAUAUUUGCAAUAAUCUAUAAAGUUUAUUUUAAAAUUGUGAUUUUACCAAAUAUAUAUAAAUGUAAAAGCAGGUUUAUAUAUUUUUUCAACAUUAAAUUAACAUUUGCAUACUUUCAUCCUUCUAAAAUAUCACUUUGCACCUAGAGGGUUGUGAAUCACAUGGCUUUAGUGUGAAUAACACUUGAAUUUUCUUUUUAAAUCCUCAGGGUGUGGGAUCAGUUUUUCCUCCAAAGAAUAAUUAAAGCUCAAAUGGAUAGCUGCAAUCCACAGAAUGAAACUAAUAAUACAUCCAUUUUAUAUUUUCACAAUUGCAUUUUCAUGUUUAAGCCUACACUAUGUAACAUUUGGCCCUCUAGCGGUUGAAGAAUAAAACUGCAAGUUACUUGCGGAGGCACUUUGUUUUGGUAAUUACUUGAGUAGGGAUU